UGUCCCAGAUGGGACUCGAGUGGGGACAACAGGAAUGUGGAGUCGGAGGGUGAGGCACUUCCUGCGGUUCAGGUGAUACACAUGAGGACUCACACAAGGGCCACAAUCCUGGAGGGAAAAUGUGGGAAUGUUGUAGAGUUGCUCUUGUUGCUCUCUUAACGUUUAACUGCCUACAGCCUGGUGACUCUAGGAACUGGUCAAGUGACUGCUGCUGGAGCUCCACGUCUGCCCUGAGCAGCUGUACAAUUCAACAGCAGACGUGUUGGAUGUGGGUCAACUGGCUGCUCUUGUAAUCCUCAUUCUUCAGAGGUGGAUCAUCGUAGCCACAGGGCUGACUCAUGCGCCCGGGCAGAGUUUAAAAACUGCUGGAGCGCUCGCAGAACAAGUAGAGUCUGCAGUGGGACUCUGAGCUGAGCACUUCUCCAGCUUUGGAAACAUCCGGCCCUUCAUAUCUAGGACAGAAACCGUGGAUGAAACUUUGAGUAUGGACUGUGCAGGGCUGCUGCUGCUCCUGGUGCUGAGCCUCAGUGGAGCAUUGAGUGCUGUGGUGCAGUGGAAAGAGUUAGAUGACGCAGAGGCCUACCUGAGGCAGUAUGGUUACCUGAAUGACGCCGGUAACCCACAGGAGCCUCGUUACCUGGAGGAGAUCAUUAAUGCCCUCAGGGUCUUCCAGAGGGUGAAUGAUCUGCCACCUACCGGAGAAUUAGAUGAGGCCACCCUGGGUGUGAUGAGACAGCCCCGCUGUGGCCUGGAGGACCCCUUCAAUAAGAAGUUUCACAAAUACAGAGUGAUGGGUCUCUGGAGAAAGAAGAGUCUGACCUACCGCAUCUACAACUACACACCUGACCUGAAGAAGGAAGAGGUCAGAGCGGCCAUUCUCUCUGCCUUCAAGUACUGGAGCGACGUGACUCCUUUGACCUUCAGAGAGGUCGACUACGGCAGAGCGGACAUAAAGAUCUCCUUCCAUAAGAACGAUGGCUACUGCGCCGUCCCGUUUGAUGGCCGCGGUCACGUACUGGCCCACGCUGAGUCCCCAGAGUCUGGCAUUGUUCACUUUGACGAGGAUGAGUUCUGGACUGAGGGAACAUAUUUUGGCACUAAUCUGCGUAUUGUGGCAGCCCACGAAAUCGGCCACGCCCUCGGCCUGGGUCACUCUCAAUUCAGAAGUGCUCUGAUGGCGCCGGUCUACUCGGGUUACCGUGCCAACUUCAGGCUGCACUCAGAUGACGUGAGAGGCAUCCAGGCGCUGUACGGAAAACGCAUCACCAGCACUUUAGCCAGUCCAACAACCCCCGAGAGUCUGUUUCCCACAGAAGGCAGCCGAGACACUGACAACAUGCCUGACCCCUGCACGGCCUCACUGGAUGCCGUCAUGUUAGGUCCUUGGAGGAAAACCUUUGCGUUCAGCGGCGAUUACGUGUGGACGGUCUCUGACCUCGGACACAACACACCGAUAAGAAUUGACCGGCUGUGGAGGGAACUCCCUGGAAACCUGAACGCUGCCGUGCACUCGCAGAGAACCAACAAGACGUACUUUUUCAAAGGGAAUAAAGUGUGGAAGUAUACCAGGUUCCUGCUGGACUACGGCUUCCCCAAACAGGUGACCCGGGUUCCUCCUAAUAUUGACGCGGCCUUAUACCUGGAGAAGAACAAGAAGCUGGUCUUCAUUAAGGGCUCGGAGCACUGGCAGUGGGAUGAACUGAAGUACAAUGACCUGAGUCUGUACCCCAAACCGCUCUCCAUGCUCUUCACCGGAGUGCCGUCCAGCGUGGACGCAGCCUUCACCUGGACCAAUGGCAAGAUCUUCUUCUUCAAGGGGGACGAGUACUGGCGAGUGAACGAGCAGCUGAGAGUGGAGAGAGGAUACCCGCUGAGCAAGAGGGUGCGCUGGAUGCGGUGCUAGGAAUCGACCAUGGGGGGGCAGCAGGCAUCAAGAGGUCGACAGUGGGUGGGUGCUGCUUCUCCUCCAAGGACAUUGAUAACUCUGCAACCUCAACAGCAGUGAUCAAUUGUGAACAUUCUAUCUAACAUGAGAAAAGGGGGAAUGGGACCCCCUCCCCCCACUGGUUCUGUUUAUAACGAAGCAAAUCCUUCCAAAGCAGGCUGAUUUUUAGAUUCUUUUUUUUUAAGACUCAAUUGUGUUUUUGUGACAGCGAGAAUUAUGUAAGCCCAUCUGUGACCUCAGGGAGAAAUCAAGGGAGGCCUUCUGUUUCUCUCUCCAACAUAUGUGUUGGAUUAUGUGUCUUAAUAGUUUCAGUGAGAUGUAAUAUGAUGAUGGGAGUGUUCGCUUUUCAGUUCAGACUUCGGUCCAAACCAACAGCUUCCCAUGUGUGUUCAGCGCUCGCUCCUCUUCGUAACACCUCCACUAUCAUCGCAUGAGUCACACUGGUCUACGAGAAGCCCUGUGGGUCUGUGUGCGGAUUUUUGUAAAGAUUUUGUAACAUUAAACAAGACAUAAUGUAAAACAGCAAAACUGUCCCUCUGGAAGAACCAGAAAAGUGGCUCAACUUUCCCACUGAAAAGGAUAGAAAAAUAUUUAAUGUUCACACUGAUGAAAGGCCCGUCUGUCCUCUAUUGUGUUUGUCAAAAAAAACAAAAAACUGUAGAAGCACCAUGGCAACCCGACCAAUUGCAGAGUAGGAAAUCCUCAUGACCUCUUUAUUGCCCAUGACAAGUGGAGCUGGUAACGCUGCCAGUGUUGCUAAGAGCCCGAGGAGACAAACAGUGCCACUGGUCUGACGGGAGCAGUGAGUGAAAACUGUUCUUGUAUCAAACACAUUUAUUUAUCUUUGAAAUUUCUAUCAACAGGUAUGUACAGAUCCAGGUAACAUGUGCAUUGUCCCCUGCAAAAAUUAAACAAACAAACAAACAAACAAAAAAAA